CUUCCGGCGCCGCGGUCCUGAGCUGCAGCGUGACUUUGGUGCGUGUUUGGUCCGAGUCCCGCCGCUUCACUGAGCCUCGUCAAACUGUGAAAAUGCUGCUGAUUUCGAACCGGACCAAACUGUGCUCCGUGCUCUUCACCGCGGCCCGCCUCUACAGCGCCGGCCCGGCUGCAGCCAACAACAACCCCGUGGUUUACUUCGACAUCUCCGCCGACAACGAGCCGCUCGGACGGGUCACCUUUGAGCUCAACGCAGAAGUUGUUCCCAAAACUGCAGAAAACUUUCGCGCUCUGUGCACCGGAGAGCACGGGUUUGGAUACAAAGGGUCCAUCUUCCACAGAGUCAUCCCUCAGUUUAUGUGUCAGGGAGGAGAUUUCACAAACCACAACGGGACUGGAGGAAAGUCGAUUUACGGGUGGAAAUUCCCAGAUGAGAACUUCAAGCUGAAACACACUGGACCAGGAAUCUUGUCGAUGGCGAACGCUGGACCAAACACCAAUGGAUCCCAGUUCUUCAUCUGCACCAGUAAAACAGAAUGGCUCGAUGGAAGACAUGUUGUUUUUGGCAGCGUGAAGGAGGGGAUGGAGGUGGUGAAGAAAGUGGAGUCCUACGGUUCCCGCUCUGGGAAGACCUCAAAACGAAUCCAGAUCAUGGACUGCGGGGAGCUUAAGUAAAGACUGGACCUGGUCUUGGUCUUUAGUCCUGGUCUCUAACCCCUUUGCAUUUACAAUAUAUUUGUUCUGGAGAGCAAAUAUAUUGAAAUGUUUCAGUAACACUUAAAUAACUACACUUAUGUUUUGAUUAAUUAAGCAUUAAACUAAGACUAAGACAGGUAAUGGAACCACUAUUUCCUAAAUACUUCAAUUACAGGUAUUUUUAUUGUUCAAAAGUACCGUAUUUUUCAGACUGUGAGUGGCUCCAGAGUAUAAGUUGCACCAGCCCAAAAAUGCGUAAUGAAAAAGAAACAACAACAGAAGUCACACCAGACUGUACGUUGCACUUUUUGGGAGAAAUUUAUUUUAUAAAAUCAGAGACCAGGAACCGACAUUUCAUCUUAAAAGUCAAGUUGUAGUAAAAACAAUAGAAGAGAGAACAACAGACUGUUAACGUCACAUAUGAACAGUUCUUCAGAUAAACUAUAACAUAAACAACAGAACAGAACAAGUUUAACAAACUCUCCAUCUCACUCCAAAUCAUUAAAUCCAUUCAAUUCUUCAUCCUCGGUGUCACUUCUGAGCAACUCCACGACCUCCGGAGGUAAACAGAGCGUCGCUUCCUCUUCUGUGUCGCUGUCGUCAGACUCAGCAUCAGUUCCAAUUAGAAUUAUUCCGGCCUUUCUGAAUCCCGACAGGAUGGUUUCAGUGUCACUGAAGUCCAGGCUUUGUCCAUCCAUCCAGUGACUUCAGGAAAGUUUCAUGGUGCAUCCUCCCGGUGUCACAAGUUUCUCACUCACUCCAAACUUUCUUUCUGCUGCUCGAUUACCGUUUUCGGCUGAAUAUUUCACGACUUGCAGCAGGACAGAGACUCUUUCCGCAGUAGAGCCAAGUGACAGUGGUACAGGAAGAACAGGAGCAGCAGAUACUGACACACAAGACUAGAGCCUCUCGCCGCUUCAGUGUGAAAAUUUGAAUAUAUAAAUCGCAGGACCAUCCAAACUAUGAAAAAAGUGCAACUUAUAGUCCAAAAAAUACGGUAAUAUGAAAGAAAAAUGUGCAUCUUUAAUCCACAGAUCUGACCUGUAACUUGGCCUUAUCAUGUCACCUGCUUGACUCAUGAUGUUUAAUGCCGUAUUGUGAAACCUUCAAGGCAAAGCAAUAAUAUGGAGACAUGGAGACAAGCAGGUUACACAGUGCAUCUUUAAGUCUAAUUAAAGUGUAGUUUUUAAGUGGUACUGAUGUUUCUUUUGGGGUCUGGUCUUGAGCCAGUCCAAUGUGAAAAAAUGAGCUUCAGGUGCAGAGUGAGACCUCGCUAAACUAACAAUUAUUGUAAUUAUGGUCAGUUUUUUUAAAUGGUACUUGACUUGAGUUACUUCUUUAAUAAAUUAGUUGUAGCAGAAAAUUACGUAAUAUAUUGUGAAUGGAAAAGCAGACAGGAAUAUUGACUUGAUAACUUAACAAAAAUGGAAAAAGAUAACGAUAUAAGGAAUAUAUUGCAGAUUUUUUGUAGAAAAAUGGUUCAUUGGUCUGUUGUCCUCUAUAGAGACAUGCCUUAAUGAGAUAUAAUAUAGAUUAACUGAAAUUAAAACUUGUUGAUAUGACAAAAUACAAACAUACACACAUUUAUCAGUUAUGAUUUUAGAUUUUGGCUUAUCAAAACAAAUAAAAACACUUUCAGUACUGAUUUCCCGAACACAAACAAUACAGACUUUUAAUUAUUGCAACUUAUCACAAAAAGUCACGUUUCAUAAUUUCAAAGUCUGAAUUCUGCUCCAAAUCAGAUGCUUUUACUGACAGAGAAUUGCCUGAUCAUUGACAAAUAAAAAUGACUGAGCCUCGAUCUUGAUUAAAAUUUAAAUAAUUAUCCUUUUAGACCUAAUUGAAAUGAAUUCAAAAACAUUGUUAAACAAGAUCUAGUCUAGUCAUAGUGGUACUGACUUACAAAACUGCUGCUUUAGUCCUGAAUCCUGAUGUAGACUUUGUUUGGUCCUUUGCAAAUCACGGUUCAGUCUUGGUCUAGGCCCGGGUUUAGGCCCAGGUCUGGUUUCAAGUCUGUUUGAGGUCUAGUUCCAGGUCUAGUUCCACCUCUAGUCCCGAGUUUAAGCCUAGAUCUAGUUCCAGAUCUUGGUCUAGGUUUAGUCCCACCUCUAGUCCCACCUCUAGUCCCACCUCUAGUCCCACCUCUAGUCCCAUAUUUAGGCCCAGGUCAAGGUCUAGGCCUAGGUCUAGUUCCUGGUCUGUUUCCAGAUCUAGUUCCAGUUCUGUUCGAGGUCUAGUUCCAGUUCUACUUCCAGCUCUAGUUCUGGGUCUAGUCCCAGCUCUAGUUCUGGGUCUAGUCCCAGCUCUAGUUCCGGGUCUAGUCCCAGCUCUAGUUCCGGGUCUAGUCCCAGCUCUAGUUCCAGGUCUAUUUCGAGGUCUAGUUCCAGGUCUAUUUCGAGGUCUAGUUCCAGGUCUAUUUCGAGGUCUAGUCCGAGGUCUAGUUCCAGGUCUAUUUCGAGGUCUAGUUCCAGGUCUAUUUCGAGGUCUAGUUCCAGGUCUAUUUCGAGGUCUAGUUCCAGGUCUAUUUCGAGGUCUAGUUCCAGGUCUAUUUCGAGGUCUAGUUCCAGGUCUAUUUCGAGGUCUAGUUCGAAGUCCAUUUCGAGGUCUAGGUACAGCUCUAUGCCCAGGUUCCAGGUUUCAUCUCAGGUUUCAUCUCAGUUUGGUCCUAAUUUUGAGAGUUUACACUUGAUGAUUCAUAUUUUAUGCCUUUUAUUUACAUUUUUGUAUCUUGUAACGCCUUAAAGCUCACUGACGGACAUUUGUACCUUCAGUUUUACUCCUGUCUGCUUCUCCACGUCUGCACGAGUCUCUCCUAAACACAAACACAAAACAAAAACACUGGACGAUGACCAUGUGACCUCAUUUCAGACAAAUAAAGGCACUUAACUUUGCCAAACGAAAUGUGAACUUAAACAGAGAGAAUAUAUUUCAAGGGCUUUGUGGAUGAAAUAAAGAUUUUCUAUGAAACAAAA